AAAAGCGCAGGUACCUCCGAGAGGGCAGCGGCAGCAAGUGGAUCCUGGGCUCGCCACCCAAGGACUUGGGGAGAUCCGUGGCGCAAGCAGCCCAACUUUUCUCAAGGACUGCAGAGCAGUAGCCAUAUUGUCCAAGGCUGCACCACCUGCAGACGCCGGAGAGGGGAGAAAGAACGUCUAUUUCCGGAGCGCCUGCCCCUUCCUCUCUCCGUAGCCCCCUGGUCGGCCUUUCACUUGGUACACUCCAAGAUGGCGGGCCCCAUAGUGUGGUGUGGAACGCUUCUGGCUCGGAAAGUCGCUAUCCCUUACCUCUGCCCAGCAGGUAAAAGAUGCCUGCUUUCGGCAGCCUAUGUGGACAGCCACAAAUGGGAAGCAAGAGAAAAAGAAGAAUGUCACCUUGCUGAUCUUGCAUAUUUAAUGAACAAAACAUAUGAGAGAAAGUUGCCUGUUAGUUCUUUAACAGUAUCACGGUUUGUGGACAACAUUUCAUCUCGAGAAGAAAUAGACCAUGCAGAGUAUUACCUUUACAAGCUCUGGCUGCAGUUCCCAUCUGGAAGCCAGUUGCCACAGGAUACAGAACUCACUAGGGAAGAGGGGAAGCUGCAUGAGUAUGGAAUCAUGUCAGGCACUGAGGAAUCAUGUGGAGCAUCCCAGUCACUGCCCCACUUACCCAGGGAGUUUACAGCUAAUGAGGAAGUGUCGCUGUCAUUGAGAUUUCGACACAGUCCCAACUGCUUGUACCUAAGAGACUGGACCAUCCACACCUGGAUUAGGCAGUGUCUAAAAUAUGGUGCACAAGACAAAGCCUUAUAUACCAUUGUCAAUAAGGUUCAAUAUGGAAUUUUUCCAGAUAAUUUUACAUUCAAUUUAUUGCUGGAUUUUUUCAUAAAGAAAGAAAAUUACAAAGAUGCUUUGUCUGUGGUUUUUGAGAUCAUGAUGCAAGAAGCAUUUGAAGUACCUUCCACUCAGCUUCUUUCACUCUAUGUUUUAUACCACUGCCUGGCGAAGAAGACUGACUUAAGCCGUGAAGAGGAGAGGAAGUUUGGUGCAUCCCUGUUACUUCUGGGCCUAAAACAGAAGAACUCAGUGGGUGUGAGUUCCCAGUUGUAUGGCUGUGCCCUUCUUGGAAAGGUGGAAUUGCAGCACGGACUUCGGGCUGUGUACCAUAACAUGCCUCUCAUGUGGAAACCAGGCUACCUUGACCGAGCCCUUCAAGUGAUGGAGAAGGUGGCCUCCUCCCCAGAGGACUUAAAGCUGUGUAGAGAAGCGCUCGAUGUGCUGGACAGUGUACUGAAGACUCUGACUUCUCCAACUGAGGGGGCUUCAGAGAAACCUCCCCCAGAAGAUGGAGACAACCUGGCCUCAGAUAAUGUGGUGGAGCGGCUAGACAUAGAGGAACCAGAAGAGUCCAAGCUUCCCCAGUACCUGGAGCGCUUUCAGGUCUGUCAGUCUAAGCUGCAGGCUCUUGGCAGAGUUGAGUCAGAAAGCCUUUUGACUCUGACCACCCAUCUUGUCAAGGAAAAGCUCCCCACGUGUGAGCCUGAGGACCUCGCUACCUAUGAGCAAAAACUGCAGGAGUGGCACUUGGAGCUGGUGCAGUUGAUGCAGAAGGAGCAGGAGCAAAGGGAGAAAGCGAAGCAGGAGUACCAGGCCCGGAAAGCAUCUGAGGCAGCAGCCUAACAUGCCCAGGCCAGGCCUGCACAAGGACCUCCCAAGGCCACUGCGGUGUUCAGAAGGGACAGGUGGAGCCUCAACCUCUUCUCUCUGGCUUUUCUUUAGACAGGCACAUGUGGUCUAAAAGCCUCACUGUGCUACAGAUCAAGAUGCUGGGACUGCCCAUCCAGAUGCCAAGAAGGGAUGGGGAGCUAGGCAAGUGGCAAGGGGUUGGAUCGAAGCCACCAGCUAAUUACCUUUACAGGGGACUCUUGAGGCUCCCAGCCACAUGCUUGACAUAGGAAUCAACUGUGAGCAUGGAAAGCUCCCAGCACCUGGUGAGAAUGGCAGGAGAAGCACAGGCUUUUGAAUGUUGUACCUGUCCCCAGCCCAGCCAUGUAGGGCCCCAGGGAACUGCAGGUCUGACGCCCUGUGUCUCAGUCCCCUCACUAGUGAAGCCUCCCUGCCAGCUGGCCAUAGUAUUCCCACAUUCCCACAUCCUCCUUCCCACCAUGGAUUGCCCCUGUGAUUCUGCUUGGGGGCAAGCCCACGACAAGAGCGACCUCAAGACCAGGACCCCACUGGAUUUCAAAUUUUCAGCAACCCCAGUGACAUUGUUAGAAUGUACAGGCUCCGGAGGAGAAUUCUGGCUCCCGCUGUGAAACCCUCUUGCUAUGGCUGCUUCAUCAUGUUGGGGUCACUUUUCCAGAGCAUCAUUGCUACUCCCUCCAGUGGCCUUUUGUGUACAUAUAGACACACACACACAACUUGUGAACACACCUUUCAGUGAAAGAAGUUGGUGAAAAUGAGAGAUGGGAUUGAGCUUCAAAUGCGUAGCUGAUGUGAAUAACUGUCAAACUGCCAGGAGGUGGGGAACUCCUUCCUGAGGUUUCCUUCUGGGAAAGGAUCGGGGAGGCAGCUUUUGCUUGCCAUGUAAUGUUGCCUUUAAAUACAGUGGUGUGCUUUUAUUCAAGAUUGUGCUUUUAUCAAGAAUCUGAGAAAAUAAAGAACACACUGAAAUAA